CACAGAUCGGACACGAGCCAGAAAACAAUUGGGCUCCCAUGAGAAAUCACAGGGGGAGGUUUUAUAUUGCCGCUGACAGACCUCAAGUCAGAUUCAGCUCUGCCUGCAGCGCAGAUUCGACUUAACUGCCCAUGUAUACAGUCAAACACAGGAGCUGCUGAAGUAUAUGCCUUAAUAUCUGCUGCAGAGGACGUCAGUGUAUGUGGGAGGUGAAACCAGUUUGAACAUCCGUGAUGGCUCCUUCCACCUGGUUGAUCUUGCUGCUGCAGCUCUUCAGCAUGAUAUCAGCCGGCCUGGCCUGUUUCUGUGAGCGGUACCACUGGGGACCUUGGUCUGCCUGCUCCAGGACCUGCAACCAUGGGACACAGCACAGAAAAAGGAUCUUUCAGACUGGUGAUGGUUUUUACUGGCAGCAUAGCUGCGACAGGCUGUGUCAGAGAUCCGACAGCAGAGCUUGUAAUGAGCACAGCUGUCCAAUUAACUGCCAGCUCACAGAGUUCGGGGCAUGGUCCGACUGCUCACCCUGCGCCAAGAAACAGUUUCGGACGCGGUCUGUCCAGAAACCGUCUCAGUUUGGUGGAUCAGCUUGCAGUGUGGAGCUGACAGAGGAGAGACCCUGUUACCCCUCCACAGAGUGCAAGUUACCACCCAUCGACUGCAAAGACGACUUUAAGUGUGAUAAUGGGCGCUGCAUCAACUCGACGCUAACAUGCAACAGACAGAAUGACUGUGAAGAUAACUCAGAUGAAAAAGACUGCGUUGAGUUCAAAAUUGUGUGUCCAGCGGAGAAGAGAGUGGCCCCCGGGGCUGACCUGGUGGGAAAUGGGUUCGAUGCUCUGGCAGAGGAACCGAGGGGAGCAGUACUGGACAACAUGUUCAUGGGAGAAUAUUGCAACCUCAAGAGACCUCCAAACACUCUGCUCUACCACAGAGUCCCUCACAACUUUGAGAGCUUUCACAUUAAGGUUGGAGAGGUGGAGGAAUUCAGCACUGCGGACGAAAACGUGCGCACCGAGCCCAUCGAUGUGAAGAAACCUUCAUCCAAUCAAAACAACCAAAAUGAUAAAAGCGGUCUUUUUAUCCCUCUUAUUUUCCUUCCCAUGUUUUUCUACACUUCAAGGUCUUAUACAGAACUCAGCUCUAACAAGGAGGCUUUUGAUUCUUCAAAGAAAACGGACUCCAAGUUUUUCCGGGUGCACAAGGUUCUGCCAGUCUCCACAUUUAAGGUGAAGGACGCGGGGGAUCUCGUCCUGUCACAGCCUUUCCUGCAGUUUCUUCAUGCUCUUCCUCUCGAGUACAACUAUGCCCUCUACAGAGACAUCUUCCAGCGUUUUGGGACACACUACUACAGCUCAGGAAAACUGGGAGGCCACUAUGACCUGUUGUACCAAUACAGCCGAGAGGAAAUCAAAUAUUCAGGUUCAACAGAAGAGCACUUUUCAGACUGUCUGUCCAGAGAAACAACCUGGACCAUCAUCCUCUACAGCCAACACAGUAGUGUGACCCGAUGCAAUGACAACCGGAUGACUCAGAAAUAUCAAGGCUCGUUCAUCCAGUCAGCAAUGAAGUCUUUCUCAAUGGUGAAAGGAGGUCGAGCCAGAGAGGCUGCAGCUUUGGCCUGGGAGAGGGAAAGGCCAGCUCCGAACAAAGCAUCCUACAAGAACUGGGCAAAGUCUGUUCUUGACAACCCUGCUGUGGUUGAGAGCAAGGUGCUUUCCAUCAUAGAUCUAGUCCGGGGGAUCCCAUGUGCUGCCACAAAGAGGAGACACAUGAGGAAGGCCCUGCUGCAAUACUUGGAUGAGUUUGAUACUUGCAAGUGUGAUCCCUGUCCCAACAACGCCAGGCCAGUUCUCUCUGGCACAGAGUGCAACUGUGUUUGCCAAAGUGGCACAUUUGGCAAUAACUGUGAGAAACGAGCUCCUGACUACACUUCAGAGGCAGUGGAUGGUUACUGGAGCUGUUGGGGCCCGUGGAGUAGCUGUGGAGCCACAAUGAAGAGACAUCGAACAAGGCGGUGUAAUAAUCCUGCCCCCCAGAGAGGAGGCCAACCCUGUAAUGGUCCUGCCAAACAUGAGGAGCCGUGUCACAUCUCCAUUUUUGCAAAACAGGAGACCUGUGACAAUGAUGAUGACUUUACUGUGGGCUGGAUAGACGAGCUGCCUCCUGGUGUGCAGGGCUGUCUGAGGCCGCAGAAACCCGCCAACAGCUUCCUCAGGAAAUCGAAGCAGUAUUAUAGCUUUGGUGAGGACGAGGAGUUCCAGUGCUACACUGGAUUUGACCUGGAGGGUUUUCAGUACAUCAACUGUCUUCCUGAUGGGACAUGGAGUCAACCGAGUGGAAGCUGCAUCAGGAAAAUAUGCCUUCCUCCUGAAAUCCCUGAUGGCAUGACGCUUUCCCCUGUUAAAGAUGAGUACAGAGUGGGGGAAUCACUGGGUUUGAACUGUAUUGAACCGGGCCUGAUGCCGCUGCCGCGAGGUCUCUACACAUGCGGCAACAGUUUAACCUGGGAGCCUCCGUUACCUGCUGACCUACGCUGCACUGAUGAGGAGCCAUUUGUUCCUGACGGUCAGUGUGGUCCAGGACAGAAACUCCAGGGCUCUCAAUGUGUCUGUAUUCAACGGGAGAGCUGUCUUUCAGAACCGGAGAGUCUCUGUAUCCUGAACACAGAAGUUGGUGUUGCCGUGUCGAUGUCCCUGUGCUCCUUCCAUGCCGGGCGUUGCCACAAUGAUCCGUACUUCUUUAUCAGCAAUGGUGUCUGUGACCCGGCUCCCGAUUUGGCCAAAUUAGAGUGGGCCAAGUUCAGAGCCAAAAUGGCGUCUAAGAGCGCUGUUCAGGAGCCAUGCGAUCUUGAUACCUGUUACGAAUGGGAGACCUGCUCUGUAUCUAAGAAGUGUGAGUGCAAAGUUGCUCGGAACUGCCAAAGGAAUGAAAACAACAUGUUCUGUGUGAAGCUGACCAAGAGCCAGAGGACUCGAAGCAUGGACCUUUGUUCUGUGGGCGCCCUCAAAUGUGCCAGCUAUCAGUUUGAGAUUGUCAAUGAAGGCGCCUGUCUGUCCACAUGAUCCUUCUAAAGCUUUUUAUGUGUUGUUAAACUCCAAAUUCAUCUUACAGUAGCAUGUUUAAAGUAAUGUUCCACCACUGCUGGAAAAACUGCUGAUAGCUAUACAGUUUCAAAUACAUAUGGUUUGUACUCACAAUCAACUAUAUAAACUUUUAAAAAUCUUUUUGAACUGCAUUCUGCUCUAGAACCAGUCAUUUAGAGACAGUAUAGAUAUUAGCCUAUCUUACACCAUGUUUUUUUUUUUUUAACUGACAUUGCAUUUAUAUAAUAAAACUAGACUGGCAAGCAGGUGGGGUUCUCAGAACUAAAAGCACAUCCAACCAGACAACCAUAAGGCCAAGAGUAUCACUAAAUCAGCCUUAAGCAGGUGGUUUAGGAUGCACUUCCAAACUUGGGUGGGCUGCAGAACAUCUAGUGCACUUUCAGAACCUGUUUCCUGAAAAGGUAUAAGAUGGUGACUGUGGACAACAAAGUAAUCUUGUAUCACACCUUUUCUAGUGUAUGAUCUGAUUUUCACCAAAGUUGGUUUGACAAUACAGCAGGAUUUGAUAUUUGAAUGUGUCAAACUGCCACCACUUGCACCAAAUCUGGAAAUUUGAUAUCCAAAAAUGGAAUGUUCAUAUCAAAUAUGUGUGAUUUGGAGAAUGUAUUUGUGACGUGGAGCUAAAAUAUGGACAAAUCUGUGAUGCCACCAAUUGUGGGAUUUCCACCAAAGUUUGUAAAACUACACCAAACUUCUGGAAGACAAACUGAAUAUACCAAAUCUGGUGACAUUUGAACUACCUGUCCUAAAACGACCCAGAGAUAAGAGGAAAAGGUGUCAAAAAUGUAGACAUCAAGAUCAUGAAAGCGCAAUGACUGUACUAUAAAGUUUUGUAGAUAGACUGUUAAAGAAAGAGAAAAAACAGUAAGUCGUGUUUUUUUCACUUAGUCAGUUGAGUCCAAUUACAGGCACAGUGGAAUAUUUACACUUACGCUUAAUGUGCUUCACAUGUAAUAAUAAAAAACAUAACAUCA